CUUUCUUUGAAAUAAUCGAAUGUACUAAUGCUUCGGCUAACGAGCUUUUAGUAGAAAUACAGACGCCGAUGACAGUUAGUCAAUCAAAAUGAUUCAAGUUACUUGUAGCAGCUUUUGAACAGACUAGCCAGUCUAUUCUCGUCCAGUCAUUAUUUACACGUUAUUCAACUUUGUAAGUUAUUCGCUCUCUACAUCGACUGUAUUUCAUUCAGUGAGUGAGUGCACUGCUAACUUCUUUUUCGACUUAUCAACUAAAUUCAGACUGUCAAUGAACAAUGAACAAUUCGCCUUCUUUACUUUGCUUCUACUUCCUAAUUCUUAUUUCUGUUCGCUUAUUCAUUUACAAUAAUCAAUCACCAAUCAAACCGCAUUGAGAUUACAAUAUUUACUGUCGCGCAGACGGCCUUCGCCUGAGAUUGAUAUAAGGAAAUUAGAAAUUGUUCCUACAAAUCGUAGUCAGAACCCAAGCCACUCAACCGUUUAAACUAAAUGAGAAGCUUGGGUUUUAUCAAAUAUUUCGAUACUGCAGUGUUAUUUUUGAUUUGGUUUCCGAUUCUCAAUAAAAAAGAAGUUCUUGAUUCGUGUUAAUAACAUCUGCUGACUAAGUUGUGAUUAUUGCGUAGGUGUUUGUAUUGUCAUCAGGAUUAUUGUUACAUACACUAUGAAAAUGUGAUUAGCCGCUUCAAAUUUAGUUUGUAACUAUUUGUUUUCAAUUAGCAAAUCGAUGUCGCCUUAUCUUUCUCACUUACAAAGGACCAAUCCGUAGUGUUUAUCGAUGGUAUAAAACCAAAUGAAAGAAAGAAUAGGUUCAUAGAAAAUGUUUUUUCCAAUAUUUGUUUUAGUAGGCGUAGCUUCAGCAAUAAAUUCUUGGUUCCUUUUAAGUGGUAUGUUAUAAACUUGUUUAAUGUCGAACUUUUACUUCGAAUAAAAGGUUGAAGUUAGUGUAUCGUAGUUGAAUGCCAACUUCCGAAUUCGUAGUCUCUAUAAUGAAGGCUUGCUGUUCCAUUAAAAAUUCUCUUACUUAAGAAUGAAUUAUUAAGCAAUACAUUCACGGAUUUUGAUUUAAAAAAUAAUAUCAAAAUUAAAAGCCAAUAUUGAAGCGAACAAAUUUUUGUAUGGUAUUUUCGCAAACGAUAAAGUUUGUAUUGAUUUAACGUAGUCGUAUACUAUAUCGUAAAUAAUCAUUGAUAUUACGGAAUACAACAACAAAUGUGAAAAUGUUUUACAUUAUAAAAUCGUUCGAUUUUAAAUGAAGUCAAGUUGCGUGUUUUAAUCAUCAUGACCGUUUGCUAGGUCAAUAUAUCAUAUUCAUCUUACUUAAAGAUUAUGACUUGAAGAAAAAAGAUGUUAAUGAACGUAUGUCCAAUGAAAUAAGUAAGUUGUGUUGUAAGUUAUUUGAAAUUUAUCAUGUGUGAACUAUUAAGGUUUUAUUGAUCAUACAUAAAACAGGUGGAAAUAAAUAUUAGAUUGAAUAAUUUGUUGAAAAUUAUAUUUACAGCUUUCAUUGAAAUGCAGUUUAUCAACAGAUAUUUGUUUCACUGAAUAAUAUGUUGAUGUCAAUAUAUCGCCUCUAGCAGUAUGGUUUAAAACAUACUGAUCAUAGAUGUAUCAAGUAGAAUGUUUGUUUAUGAAAUAAAUUGAAUAACGCAAAUUUUUACUGAUUAAAAAUCUAGCGAAAAUGAAGUAUUAUACCGAACAAUACCAUAAGUCUGUGAAAUAUGUGAAAGACUACUCUGGUAAUUUCAUUACAUUGUAAUAUUUGAUUGAAGUAAAAUGUUAUUUACUGGUAAAGCGAUAAUACAUUUUAAACACUUGUUGAAAAAAAUAUCCGUAGACGAAGUGUAGUCGCCAUAAAAUUCAUUUGCAUCACUGAUACUGUAAAUAGGUUUGUGUGUCUAUGAUUGUCGAAUGAUUGACAGCAAGUAGGUGAUAUUUUGAAAAGCAAUAGAUAUAUCUUACAUGGAGACUUGACAGUUCGAUUUUUAUACAUUUUCACUUUUAUUGAAUCAACAAAUAAUUGGUUGAAAACAUCGUUUGUCUAUUGGAUUGUUUAAGGCAAGCAGCUUUACUUUAAUCCACCAGACUGUUGUGCAUUUCAAGUGAUUCACACCUAAAAGUUAUCGUGUCUUGUUUUUUUUCACUAUCCGACUGUUAGAAAGAUAUUUGGUUAGAUUGUUGGAAUGUAUUUGAAACGCCAACGUAAAAAUCGAACCAUCGGCUACAUUCUUAUAAGCGAUUGUAGAAAUACUUAAGAAUACACAACAAUUCUAAUCAAUUAUUUUUAUUGGCCAUUUUUGUGCAGGUAGAGUGAAUAAUCAUUUAGGUGACGAUAAUAGAACACGUCUUGUUGAAUAUAUGGAGUGUAAAAAUAAACAAAUGGAAGCCGAAUUCGGAAUAGAAAAUAUUCAAAUUUUAGCACUUAUAAUACUGGAAUCAUUUUUAUACACGAAACAGAAAGCGAUUGCCAACAUCAAUCUUCACCAUGCCACUUUUCUGAUACUGAACGAUAUGUAUAAUGAAAUCUACAAUAUGCGUAAGAACAAUAGUGGCUCAUUUGUUAAUUAAAACUCACAACUCGCCAAUUGAAAUUGUCGAAGAAAGUAGACAUUCGCAAUAAUGUCAAUAGACAAUAGUAUUCUUCGUCAAUUUAAAGAAACAGCAUUUCAUUUUGUUCAAGGAAUACUUGAAUAAUUAUUGAAAUACAAACACUUUAUGUUCGUUAAAACAAUUUAUAUAUGAAUAAAAGGUUAUUUGCUA